AUUUCCCAGGCGUCCCCUUUGCUGUUUAGGCGCUAGAAGAUGAGGGGGCAUCAGAUGGUCCCGCUCUGUGUCCUCCUGGGCGUCCUGUUUGCAGGACUCCUCCCCAACCUUGAGGCUCAGGAAGGUCUGGCAGUUGGAAAAAGAGACAUCAUUUUCCUAAUCGAUAGUACAAUGGGUGCAACGAUCAUCAAUUCUGUGCGUGAAUUCAUCAAGCGGUUUGUGGAAAUCAUGCCGAUUGGCCCAGAUCAAGUUCAAGUGGGCGUGGCCCAGUUCGGCAAUGUCCCUCGACUUGAGAUGGAUCUCAACUCCUAUGGGUCCAGGGAGGAAUUAACUGCGGCUUUGAGCUCUAUCAAACCAAGACCUGGACAGACCGUUAACAUUGGAGCAGCCUUGGACUUUGUGCGGACAAAUAUGCUGCGGCCUGAGAAGGGCAGUCGUAUGAACCAGGGGAUACCCCAGGUUUUACUGCUGAUGACCAGCAAAAAGUCCAGUGACAGUGUGGAAGCACCAGCUUUGGCCCUGCAGAGACUGGGCGUGUUGACUCUAGCUGCAGGCUCCAAAACGGCAGAGGUGCCGGAGCUGCAGCAGAUAGCCUUUGCUGACAGCGUUGCAUUCUAUAUGAGGGACUUCCGGCAAUUGAUUCGCAACCCAAAGGACAUAGUUGAUGCGCUCUCCACUCUAGCUGGGGUGGUGGUGACUGAACAACCCACAGAGCCAGUGGUGGAGAUAACAACAGUGCACACUCAAAUAGUGGUCAGAGACAUUGUCUUCCUUGUGGAUGGCUCAACCUACAUUGGCAGCAGUAACUUUCCUUUCAUGAGAGACUUCAUUAUCAACGUGGUCAACCAGCUGGAUGUAGGUCCUGAAAGAGUCCAGAUUGGUCUCCUGCAGUUUGCUGACCGUCCAAAAAUUGAAUUUUAUCUGAACAGUCACAGCAACAGGCAAGAUGUUGUGGAUAAAAUCUCUCAACUCAGACUCUCCGGAGGCUCAGUUCUGAAUACAGGCGCUGCUAUGAAUUAUGCCCUUGAAAACAUGUUCAGGGUAUCAACUGGCUCACGCAGGAGGCAGGGAGUCCAGCAGGUGUUGGUUCUGAUCACCGGUGGUCCAGCCCAGGAUCAGAAUCAGGUCAAAUCUGUAGCUGAUAAAUUGGCUUUGGCUGGUGUUUUGACCUUCACAGUCAGCUCUGGGCAAGCAGAUGAAGCGCUAAUGAGGAAUGUUGCCUUUGUUCCAGAUUUGGCUUACCAUGAAACAAGCUUCUCUAGUUUACCAGCUGUAGCUGAAGUAAUCAUGUCAAAGUUGAUAACAGUUGUUGGCGAUACAGAUACAGUGACAUCCGUAUUCCCUGAUGAACCUGCUGCUGGAGGGGAAAGGGAUGUUGCCUUUCUCAUUGAUGGCACAGAAAGUGUUCGUGGAGAUUUUGAAUACAUCAGGGAUUUUAUCAUUAAAGUCAUUGAACCACUUGACAUCGGGAUUGACAAAGUGCGAGUGUCAGUGGUUCAACACAGUGAGAGUCCAACACCAACGUUCUACCUUAACACGUAUCAAACCAAAGAUGAGGUAAUAAGAGCUGUCAAUGGAAUGACUCUGACUGGUGGACGAACCUUAAACACAGGAACUGCUCUUAGAUUCAUGAAGGAUACCAUCUUGUCUGAAAGGCAUGGUAGCCGUUCCUUACAAAAUGUCCCUCAGUUUCUCAUCGUUUUGACUGGAGGCAGAUCUAGGGACAAUGUGAAGGAUCCUGCAGGAGCGCUGAAAACAGACGGGGUCGUACCAUUUGGUGUUGGUGUUAGAGAUGCAGACCCGAGGCAGAUUGCGGCCAUUUCGCACAACCCUUCCUUUGCCUUCAAUUUGAGGGAAUUCAGUGAGCUUAGCACUGUACCACAAAAGCUCAACAACUACGUGAGCCUUCCAAGGGAAGAGCUGACCCUGGUUCUACAGCAAGUACAAAGCAAUGCUGCAAAAAGAGAUAUUGUGUUCCUACUGGAUGGCUCUGAUAACACAAGAAAUGGAUUCCCAGAGAUAAAGCUCUUUGUUAAGAGCAUAGUGGAGAGCCUGUCUGUCAGUGAGAGCCAUGACAGAGUGUCUGUGGUUCAGUUCGCUGCUAACCCUGAUGUCAACUUUUAUCUGAAUUCUCAUAAGACAAAGAAUGACAUGCUAAAUGCUAUAGAUAAGUUAAGACACAAGGGUGGGAGACGCCUGAAUAUAGGGGGAGCUCUCCAGUUUGUGAGGCACAGUGUCUUCACUUCUUCCACGGGCAGUAGAAGACUAGAAGGAGUGCCCCAGAUUUUGAUUGUUCUAAUUACAAAACCAUCCAGUGAUAAUGUGAGAAGCUCAGCGUCUGCCCUUAAAGAGCAUGACAUUGUGUCAGUGGGGGUUGGAGUGGGAGAUGCAAAUCUUUCUGAGUUGGAAAUGAUUGCCUACAAACCUGGUUUCACAUACAAAGUCACGGAUUUCUCUGAGUUGCCCUCAGCACAAUCACAACUUGCUGCUAUACUGAACAUAACCAAAGAGACUGGGGAAACCAUGACUGGAAUCUCUGAUUUAUUAGUUGAAUUAGAGUCCCCUCAAAGAGACAUAGUGUUUCUAAUUGAUGGGUCGGAUGACACACGGAAUGGCUUCCCUGCUAUGAAAAGCUUUGUCCAAAAAGUGGUAGAAACACUCAGUGUUGGUGAGAACAAAGACCGUGUGUCUGUGAUCCAGUAUAGCAGGGAUCCACAGACACAUUUCAGUUUGAACACCUACAAUGAAAAACUAAAUGUCCUUGCUGCAGUCCAGCAGUUGAACCACAAAGGAGGCAGACCCCUUAACACUGGGGCGGCUCUUGACUACGUGAGGAAAAAUGCUUUUGCUGAUUCUUCUGGAAGUCGACAUCAGGACGGUGUCCCUCAAAUAUUGAUUUUGUUGAGUGGGGGAAGAUCUCAAGAUGAUGUUGCAAUUGCUGCUGCGGCUCUAAAACAGGACAAAGUUGUUCCAUUCUGUGUAGGAACAAGAACUUCAGACAUAAUCGAGCUCCAAAUGAUUGCACAUAACCCUUCCUAUGCCUUCUCUGUGCUCGGGUUUGAUGAUAUUGGGAGCAUCUAUCAACAACUUGCCGCAUUUGUGAAAAGAGUGCCUCGACAGCAGUCACGGCUAAAACCACAAAAUGCAUUAGUUUCUACAGAUCCAACUGAGUCCAUUCAACACGAUAUUGUAUUUUUACUGGAUUGUUCAGAUGAAAUGCAAAAUGACUUUAAGGCAAUGACUGGCUUUGUUGAGAGAAUGGUUGACAAAUUCAAUGUGGAUGAAAACAAAGAUCGUGUUUCAGUGGUGCAGUACAGCAGAGAACCCUCUGUUGAUUUUUUUCUGAACACACACAAAACACAGAAGGAUGUUGCUGGCAAUGUGCGCAUUCUGAGGCAUAAAGGAGGCAGACCCCUAAAUUCUGGUGCAGCCCUUCAGUACGUCAAGGAUAAUGUUUUCACUGCCUCUUCUGGAAGUAGGCACCAACAGGGUGUCCCUCAGAUUUUGGUUCUUUUAACUGGCGGACGAUCCAGUGAUGAUGUCAGAAAUGCUGUAAAAAACUUGAGAGGAUUCGGUGCGAUGGUAUAUGUGGUUGGAAUAAAGAAUGCAGAUACCCUUGAGAUACAGUCUAUUUCACAGGAAGCCAGUCAUGCUUUCUUUGCAGCAGACUCCAGUAAUCUGUCAGACAUUGAACAGCAAAUAUUUUCUGAAAUCAUGAACAAUGAAACCUCUGCUAUCAAACACACAUUAUAUGAUCCCAACAGAAGAGAUGUUGUUUUUUUGCUUGAUGGUUCUGAUGAUUCUCAGCGAAGAUUCCCAGAUAUCAAAGAUUUUGUGCAGAGAAUAGUGGCAGACCUGAAUAUUGAUGCAAACAGAGAUCAUGUGGCUGUGCUCCAGUACAGUAACGCGCCAGAGAUUGAUUUUGACUUGAGACGUUACUCAACACAGGAUGAUGUUCUUGAUGCAGUAAGAGGCCUCAGUCACAAAGGAGGUUAUCCUCACAACAUUGGAGCAGCUCUCCAGUAUGUAAAGGACCAUGUAUUUACUCCUGAAUUAGGAAGUAGACUCCUUGAGGGAGUUCCACAGAUACUUAUACUACUAAGUGGUGGAAGAUCUGAGGAUGACAUAAGGACCCCGGUCCGGAUGCUGAAAGACACCGGUGUCAUUACAAUUGCCAUUGGAACAACUGACGCUGACACCCUACAGCUGCAAACGAUUUCUCAUGAACCCAAUUAUGCAGUCUCUAUUACUGAUUACGAGGAACUUCCGACAGCUAAGCAGGAUGUGUUGUCAUUGUUAAGAGAUGCUUCUCAACGUCCAGAGCAAACCACUUCCCCAAAAGGUUUUGAUUCAGAGAAAAAAGAUGUAGUAUUUCUUAUUGAUGGAUCACAUGACUCACGAAACAGCUUUGAAGAGAUACAAGGCUUUGUUGAAAAAAUGGUUGAAAGUUUAAAUCUUGAUGAGAACAGAGACCAAGUGGCUAUUGUUCAAUUCAGCCGUGAUGCCACAGCCAAUUUCUACCUGAAUUCCUAUUCAACCAAGAACGAUGUGCUCAAUUCCAUAAGAACAAUAAGACAUAAGUUGGGCAGACCUCUUAACAUUGGCAAAGCACUUGAGUUUGUCAAAGACAAUGUCUUUGCUGACUCAGUUGGAGGCAGAAGUGCAGAAUCAAUCCCUCAAUAUUUGUAUGUUUUUAGUGGUGGGAGGUCAGGGGAUGAUGUCAGAGGACCAGCACAAUCACUCAAAGAAAAUGGCAUAAAUACUUUUACUAUUGGAACAAAGAAUGCUGAUACAUUGGAAAUGCAAACCAUCUCUUUCACUCCAGCACAUUAUUUUCAUGUCACAAACUUUAACAAUCUGCAAAGCAUACCUACAUCUGUAGAAGCCACAUUGAGGGGUGUUCAAGAAACAACAGAAAUGCCAACUGCAAUUGACACUUCCACAAUUUCAAAGUUAAAGCUGCUGAGUGCCGAUGUUGUUUUUCUUAUUGAUGGAUCAGAUGAAAUGCGAGCAAGUGAAAGACACAUUUUUGAUUUUGUCAAAGAGUUUGUUAAGCAAACAGAAAUUGGGCCAAGCAAGGUGCAAGUGGCUCUGACUCAGUACAGCACAGAGCCCACUUCUGAGUUUUUCUUGAACACGCACUCACUUAAAGAUGAUGUCAUCGGUCAUUUGAGCAAUGUCAAACUAAAAGGAGGGUUCAGUGUGAAUACUGGUCUGGCCCUUGAUUACGUGAAGAACAAUGUGUUCAGUGCUUCACCUGGGAGCAGAUCCCAGCAAGGAGUUCCACAGAUACUGAUUCUCUUAAGUGGGAGAAAGUCAGAAGAUGAUGUCUUAGGUCCAGUGGAAAGAAUGAGAAAGACUGGAAUUGUAAUUUUCAGUGUUGGCAUGAUUGAUGCAGAAAGAGCGGAGAUGGAGCAAAUAGCACACAGCCCUAAAGCGAAGUAUUUAAUCAAGGGCAUUUCUGACUUUCCUCUUGUGAGAGAACAGUUGCUGUCAGACAUUGCAUCUCAUAAAGAUACUGACAGCCCUGGUGUAGGUUCAAGCACCAGUAUAAGGAGAAAUAUUGUCUUUCUCAUUGAUGGAUCUGAUGAUGUCAGGAGUCGAUUCCCUGCUUUACGUGAAUUUGUUGCAAAGAUUGUUGACGGCUUAGACCUGGACCAAGGAAAAGAUAAAGUAGCUGUUGUGCAGUAUAGCAACAAUGCUGAACUCAAUUUCAAUUUAAAUACCUACAAAACAAAAGAAGAUGUUCUUAAGCAUGUUGCAAGUUUAAAACCAAAAGGUGGAAGACCUCAGUAUAUUGGAGCAGCAUUGCAGUUUGUGAAGGAUAACGUCUUUAUUUCAAAGGCUGGAGGUCAGCAUCAGGAAGGUACCAAGCACAUACUCGUCAUAUUGGCUAGUGGAAGGUCUAGAGAUUCUCCACGAGGCCCUGCAAGUAAGCUGAAGGCUGAAGGGGUUGUCACAUUUGCAAUUGGAUCAAGAAUGACAAAUUCCGCUGAGAUGCAAGUCAUUUCCGCUGACCCAAAUUAUGCCUACUCAGUCCCUGACUUUGUAAAUCUCCCUCGUAUUCAACAAAGUUUAAUGAGUCAUCUCACUCAAAUGGGGGCUGAGGAUGAAACUAAAGCAGACAAACAUAUUGAAAAUGGAAGAGACAUAGUUUUUCUUUUGGAUGGAUCUGAUAACACCAGCAAUGGAUUUUCAGCAAUUCAAGAUUUCCUGUACAAAGUAAUAGAAAAGUUAAACAUUGGACCAAAUGAAGACAGAGUUGCUGUUAUUCAAUUCAGCAAUGUGGCACGAGCCAAUUUGUUUUUAAAUUCCUUUAUGAAGAAGGAAGCUGCCCUGACAGCUGUCAGAAGGCCCUCAGGUGGAACACCUCUGAAAAUGGGUGCAGCUCUCACAUAUGUUAAAGAAAAUGGAUUCACAACUGCCUCAGGUAGCAGAUACACCGUGCUACAAACUCGUGUUGUUUUAAGUGGUGGGCCAUCAAAUGACAGUGUGGAUUUGCCCCAUGUCACAAUAUUAACCAUUGGAACAAAAUACGCUGACCCUAAAGAAAUGGAGAUAAAGUGCUGA